UCUGCUGCUGCAAAAAAACGAGGGGGCGAUUAGCUCUCCCCGUCGUCCCAACUUUCCUCGCGCGUUUCAGGCCAAGGAAGCGGCGAAAGCCCGCGGCUCCGCGUCCCAACUCCACUUUUUCGCUCGCCAUCGGUCGGAGCACGUUAACCUGGUUCUCCACAGGGUGAUGGCAAGGCCAAGCCACAGUGAUCAUGUCUUGCAGCAGCUCAACAACCAACGAGAGUGGGGCUUCCUGUGUGACUGCUGCAUUGCCAUUGGUGAUAUUUACUUCAGGGCCCACAAAGCUGUGCUGGCAGCCUGCAGCUCCUACUUCAGGAUGAUGUUUAUCCGAGACCAGCAGGGGACAGCACGCCUUGAUCUCAGCAACAUGCAGAUCAGUGCAGAAUGCUUUGACCUCAUCUUGCAGCUAAUGUACCUCGGCCGUAUCAUGGUAGGCCACUUUGAAUUUGAGGAACUGAAGUCCUCCAUGGUUUAUCUGCAGAUGUACUACAUCCCUGAUUCUCUGGAGGAUCUUAGAGACAUCCGAACAUCUAACCUUACUCCCUCCUCUUCGGCCUCCUCCUCGUCAUCUAGCUCGUCAUCCUCAUCCAGUGCAGUGGGAGGCAAAAUGAUGUUUGGUGUACGCAUGUUUGAGCAGCGGAGGCCGAGUCCGGCGGACACUGAGCGUGUGUCUAAGCUUGCAAAUACAACUACUCGUCAAAACAUUAACAUCUCGACUGUGAGGCCUGUUGAAGAUGUGGUCCUCACGCUUGCUCCAUCACUCUCCGAGAAUCUGGUGGAGCAGCCUUGUGACUUGCGAAAGAGGACCUCAGGCCGAAGCUCUACCUUAAAAGAACGGCCCCGGUUUGGCCGCACUUACACAUGUGACGACUGUGGCUUUGUCUUCAGUUGUGAGAAGCUGCUCAUCGAGCAUAUCCUCACAUGCACCAACCGCAAGGCUUACCAGACACCUAGAGCCAGCAAGGCAGCUGACAAUGACUCCAGCAAAGCUGAGAGUUCUGCCUCUGAGGGAGGGGAGGAACACAGAGCGGUUUGCAAGGGAGAAGAAGACUGGCUUGAACACAAGUCGGACCCAGAGUCUGUGAUCAGGUCUGUUGCCACAGGAAUGGACACUGAUCCUUCCUUGUCUAGGAAUAUAACCAUCAAAGUAGAGCAGGAAGAAGACUCAGAUACAGAGAUGGAAAACAUCAAAGUGGUCCAGGUUGGCAACCAUAGCGUAGGGAGCUGCAAGGUACGCCGCAGGAUGUUCAAAGCUAAUGUUGCAGACCAUGUGAGAUUCGACAGUGAAGAAGAGGCAGGAGUGUCCGCCAUGGAUGAUGGCGCCAGUGCGCUGGAGGGCCACAGCAAGGAGACUGGGCCAGAAGACAAGGUGCACAGGAUCAAAGAGGAAAAGCAGGAUGGGGAGUGCACUCCAUGUGAGCUGUGUGGAGCCUUGCUGACCGAGGAGGACCAGUCUUCUCAUUACAUUUCCAACCACAUGGGACAUAUAUGUGCCUGCGGAAGAUGUGGCCAGGUGCUUAUCAAGGGCAGGCAGCUGCAGGAGCAUGCUGAGCGCUGCGGGGAGCCUCAGUGUGCGGAGACAGACUCACCAGGUGAAGACUCCCCUCUGCCUGAAGAAGGGCAGGCUAUGGAGGAGGGCUUGCUGGAAGGUGCUGACUUGGGCUUCCGUUGUCCCCUCUGUGGCUUAAUUUUUGAAAGUGAAAGCCAGGCUGUGGAGCACACGUUGGCCUGUCCUGAACAGGAGCCCUUCCGACCUGCAAUGAUGGAGGACAGCGGUGAGCCGGACCAUCGUCGCAAGCACUUCUGCGCCAUCUGCGGCAAAGGCUUUUACCAGCGGUGCCACCUGCGGGAGCACUACACGGUGCACACCAAGGAGAAACAGUUCACCUGCCAGACCUGCGGCAAGCAGUUCCUACGAGAGCGUCAGCUUCGGCUGCACACUGACAUGCACAAAGGUAUGGCUCGCUAUGUCUGUCCCGUCUGUGAUCAGGGCACUUUCCUCAAGCACGAUCAUGUGCGCCACAUGAUCUCCCACCUGUCGGCCGGAGAGACCAUCUGCCAGGUGUGCUUUCAAAUCUUUCCUAGCGGGGAACACCUGGAAAAGCACAUGGAUGUUCACUUGUACAUCUGCGGUGUGUGCGGGGAGAAAUUCCGCCUCCGCAAAGACAUGCGGAGCCACUACAACAUGAAGCACACCAAGAGACAGUGAGAGACAGCGAGAGAGAAAGAGAGUGUGUGUCAUGUAAAAAUUUUAAAUAAGCCAUUCUAUAUCAAUGUGAGAAGAAAUCUAUGCACUUAGACACCAAAUAAUAACCUGUAAAACUGCACUUUUAAUGGUAUGCAUAAUCCAGGUGUUUUGGUCAGCUUUCGUUUGUGGGAUUCAGUGCCUCAAACUUUAGGCAUACUGCCAUUUGUUGAAUCUCAGUUAAGCACUCUACAUAUAAUCUAUGAAAGACAGUAUAUUAUGUUUUACUUAACAAACUAAUCAGAUCAAAAUUUCUACAAUUUAGACAUUAGCAAUUUGUCCAUCCUCAUUUGAUAUGCCAAGCUCUGCGUGCCUGCUUAUCUUAAGUUCAACAGAGCUUUUCUAAUUUGCCAACACGGAUCUUUUUGGUGCUCUACAUUUUCUGUGACAAAAUAAUACUUUUUAUUGUUAUUUUGAUUCAUAAUAGCCUUGGAAGAAUACUUUUCAGGUGUAGGUGCUCAAGAAGCCUACAUCUUUGAGGUUGUGAGAAAAAGGCUAUAUAGCAUUACAGGGUAUUGUGAAGGCCCUUUUUGCAACAGAACACUAAAAUACUGCAUUUAAUACAAAUCAGUCUUGAAACACUCUUCAGCUGACCCUUCUAACCAGCUAGGUCUUUUUUUGUCAUCAGUCUCAUUUCUCUUAAACUUAAUGUGGAAUUUAAUGUAUUAACUAUGCAACUUGAGCUUGGUAUUAUAAAUAAAUUUAUUCUGUCAGAAUUCAGCAAGAGCUGAUAAGUGCUGUCAUUAGACGUUAUCUGCUGUUUUUAUUCUUAUUAUUUAAAGCAUAUCUGUUUGGAGGAUUUUUGACAAUAAUUCAUGUACCACACAAACGCAAAGUAUAUAUGUAUAAUUUCAAGCAUUUAAAAUGUUUAUACUGCUGCGAUAAACUAACAGUGACGGUUGAAAGAUUGAAGUUUUCGGUUGGCUGUUUACAUUAGCAGUGUAAACUUUUUGAAAGGUUUGAAAUAUCUUAACAAAGUCUUACAUAUUAUAUGUUAAAGUAGAUUUGGUCCUAUCAGUUCACAGUGGGGGCACAGACAGUCUCAAUAGACUUACUGCAUGGUACACAAUGACACAUUGUUAUCCUUUUUUUUUUUUAAAUUUUAUUUUGAGAGAACUUGUUUUGAGGUUACUCAUAGGUUUUGGUGUGGUAUAAGCUGUUUCACAUUUCAUUUCUUCACUAGGCAGUAGAACCCUUCAAGAAAAUCUUGACAUGAGUUCAAAAUGUUGUAAAAAUGUCAUUUUGCCUUGAUGCACAUUAUGAGAUUACAACAUUAAAGACUAGUGAUUGGGAAGUCUCUGUUUUUGCUAAAGUGUCCUGUGAAGCAUUUUAAGGGAGUGGUCCCAUGUUGCUAAUGUUCAUAGUGGCCAAAAUCCAGGUGGAUCAUGCUUUUGCCCUAGAGGACCAUCCAUUAAACAGUCUGAUUAAACUAUGAUCUAAUAUUCUGAGCAGGAAGCAUUUUCAUGGUUGGACAGACAACAGGUAGUCCAAAAUGGCAAAUAUUUGCUGUUUCAUGUCUUGAUUUGCGAUAUCUGUCAUUAACUUGUUCACUGAUUUUCCACUGUAAAUUGGUCAUUCUACAGAAGUUGUUCAAAAGGGGGUUGUAAAAAUGUUAAAAAGUGUCAUCCUCAUAAAAUCCCUUUAACUUUGUGUUGCACUUUUAACUACUAUUGAUAAGUUCACAGAGUAAACGUUUAAAAUAUGUAUUUCAGAAUUUUACUUUCACGUAUUUCUCUACAUUUCUCAUUACCAAAACCUCACAGAAAAACAGCAGUAAAUCAUAGUGUUCUGUUUAUCAAGCUUUAAAAACACAUUUCAUAUUUCGUAUUUUUCAGCAUCAAAUUAUGUAACAUAGAUAUCAAUUCUGUUUCUUUCUGAAAUUUGAUGAAUAGUCAUGUUAUUUUCAGUUAAAUUUAGGGGAAAAAAAGGUAACCGGCUGUACUUUUGGGCAUAUUUGACUUUAUAAGAAAAUACAACUAAAAGUCACUUCUAAAACCCAUAUAUCAAUGCAGAGGAGGCAUUUUGUUUUGGUAGUGACAUGUCUGUUUUCUGUUGUGACUGUUUGUGACAAUCCAAGUUAAUUUUGCUUCAAAUGUGUACAUAGCAUUGUAUUUUGUAAGACAUGAAAGGUGACUAAGUGACACUUAAAGAAAGCACAUAUAAAUCCUCUGACUUUGAAACACUUUGAUUUAAAACAAAGAUAAAAUAAAGAUUUAGAUGUUAAACAACAUCUACUCAGGUAAAAGAGGAAAAGUUUAAUAUUUCUCAUUGGUUUGCUUGUAUAUGGGUGUAGCCAAACGUUAAUAAAUUUCAGAGGUUAUCUGUGUGUGUUUCUGUAGUGACGUGAAAAUUACAGACAGCAUAUGGUUAUUGCAUUUCCAUUUAAUGUCAGUAUAAAUUAAAAAUGUAUAUUAGGAGAAAAAAACUUUUAAAAAUUGGCAAAAGUUUGUGAUUUAGGGGUUAGGCAUGAUGCAAUGAUCAUAUUCUGUUUAUAUAUAUAUAUAUAUAUAUAUAUAUAUAUAUGAUAUAUGCAUUGCUGUUCUAAGUUUUACCCUUUGUAAAAUGUCUCAGUUGCCUAUUUAUGCAUUUUUACAAUUAGUUUUGAACCACUUCGUUAGAAUGACCCAUAUAAGUCAGGUUCACAUGUUCACAUGCAUUUUUAUUAUUAUUAUUACAUAUUGACCACACAAAUUAAAGAAUUGUGUGUUUUUUUUUUUAAUCUGGACAUUACUGACACACAAGUAAUUCCAGCCAUUAGGCAUGUAUAACAUACUGCAGAUCCAUUGCAUUUUCCUUUGGUAAAUGUGAACUGUUAAGUUUAGUGGUGGUUUUCUUAUAACCACAUCUGUUAUUAAAAAUGUAUUUAACUUUCAAGUGUGCUGUUCAGAUGAGAAAGAUUUGAGAUAAAGUAAGUUGUAACUCUCA